AGUGAAACGUUAAUUAGAGACAGUUUUGUCAUCAGUUCUACGAAAGAUCCACAGCAACGACAAAUGGAACUGCAGAGAGAACGAAAGGCUUUCGUUUUCUGCGGUUACUUGGCAACGCUGCGCCUAAGAAGACGCCGUUGUCAUGACGACAGUGAGACUCCGCACAUUCCGAUCCUGCUAACGUGGCUCCAGCUUAGCUAGCUCGGCUAAAGACGGGUGCACAGGAUUUGGAUUUGUAAAUGGAUUCAUCUUGGGAAUCCAGUGGGAACAUUCCUUCUUUGGAACUGUCCAGCGCAGCGCAGCUUCCGGACGGCAGCACGUGCCUGGCGAGCUCAGAGGAUGGCGCGUACCUCGGCCUGGGCCACGCCCACGGCCUGUCUGUGUGGCGCGCGUGCCCUCCUGUCUGCGACGCUGAGUGGCUGCAGGACGAGCUGGAAAUCACGUCCAUUCAGAUGACUGGGGCCGCAGAGGCAGCGUAUCUGCUGGGCACCGUGGACGACAUGGGUGUUGCCAGAGUCUUUGCCUUCCACAAUAAGAGCAUUCACCUCCUCAGUGUUGUCAACACCAUGGAGGAUAUCAACAACAGGAGCAUUUGCUCAACAUUUGAACUCUCACAAGGAGGACAUUAUGGAGCUGCGUCAUUCAGCUGCAACUCUGCCUGUUGGCUCGAGAUCUAUCGCUUCCCCCUGAAAGCCUGGGUGAAGGAGUUAGCAGGUUCCCAGACAGAGGACCCAGACUCUCCGUAUGUCAGCGUGAAAUGGUCUCUUUUGUCGAUGGAAGCCAAAAUGAAACCACCCAAAAUUUCAGCAGGACAACCUGACGUUCCACAGACAGCCGACUUUUUGACAUUCUGUUUAGCUCAGGACGUCGACACCAGGCAUCAACAGAGGGAUGGACAAAAAGGAAAAACUAUGGAAACCCCCGAAGGCCCAAGACGUUGCACUCAGCACUUUCUUCUCCCCUGCGCUCGGUUUCAUGAUGACUGCACAGAAACGUCCCGGCCAGAAUUGCCCGUUGCCGUCUGUUUGUGGUGGAGUGGCAGCCAUAACCUACUUCAGUAUGAGCUGCAAAAAGCAUCGACUAAGAAAAAAUCAACCGAUGCUCCGCCUGACGUGCUGCUGCCGAAUGCAAAGAGAAUCCUCUGCUCCGCUGUGAGUGGAUGCACCCGUUACAUAGCUCUGGGGCUGGACGACGCUGUGGUGUGUGUGUGGGACAGGAAAUGUGGGUCUCCACUGUCGGUCUUAGCAGUAGCAGCGGACGGUCCCUUCUUCCGGAUGCAUUUUGUUGAUAACUGGCCUGUGUCCGCUGAUGAUUCGCAGACAUUUAACGCAGCACAAGUCCAUUUACUGGUGACGUGUAAAAGUGGAGACAUCCACGCGGUCACUGCAGACAGAGGGAUGCAGUCGUGCUCAGUCCUGCUCCUCAAAAGACCUGAGGACAGUGCAGACCUCCCAAGUGUCACAGUUUUGCUGCCAUUUCUGCACUGCUUGAUGCUAGUGGUGCAAAGAAGUGGAAAACUGCACCUUCAUGACGUCAUCAACAACAAAUCUGUUUGUCUUCUGGCGGCUCCCAAAGCUCAUCUGAUUGCUUCUCCCUGCAAACCAGUUUUUACUCUGAACAUCAAGCAGCAAACUUUGUACAUUCGAGGUGAUCAAGGCCACAGCUCCUCCUCCACAGAAAUCAACCACAGUCGGCUUCUGCUUUUACGUUUUGGACAGUGUGAAGUUCUUAAGCCGUAUGUUGUGACAUUUCCACAUUAUUCACACAACAAAACCCAGAGCUUUGCCACUUUAGAGGAAGCCUGCAACCAGUAUCUCCAACAAAGGACACUGUCUGUGCAUGAAAGGAACAAAGCUAUAACACAGACCUGGAAACAACUACAGGAAAGGAGAGACGAUGCAGCCAGUUGAAGUGCGUUUGUGGUGUCGUCUCAACAUCUUCGCUGCUCACAGCUCGACUCUGUCUGACACACACAGGUACGAUUAUACAGUACAGCCGACUGGAGUGAAAUGGUGUAAGAGGGAGCCAGGGUUAGAAACACCUGCCCAGUGGAGGAUCCCUUUACGAGACUGUAGUGUGAGAAACUACCGAUGUACUGUAUGGAUGGACUCAUGUUAAUACAUCACGCUUCUUAUUUGUUUCUCUGCUGAUACCAUAAUAUAUAUAUUUGAGUGCA